AUGCUAUUUUCAACACGAUGUAACCCUUCACGUGAUUAUGCAAAACAGAGCGUUGACGACGAACCACUUCCAGAACAGAAAUCAACAUCAACUGAGGAUCAACACUUGCCGAAAAGUGAAGAAGAAUGGAAAACGAUAGCUUCUGAAUUUUAUGAACUGUGGAAUUUCCCGAAUUGCCUUGGCGCUAUCGAUGGAAAACAUGUAAACAUUACGAAACCACCGCAUUCUGGAUCAUACUAUUUCAACUAUAAGAAGACUUACAGUAUUGUUUUGAUGGCCAUAGUCAAUGCAAAAUAUCAAUUUUUAAUGGUGGAACCUGGAGCAAACGGAAGAGUUUCCGAUGGUGGUGUUUUCGGAAAUACUAUAUUUUCGACUAUGCUUGAUGACGGAAAGUUGAAAAUACCUUCCCCAACAAAACCGUCUGGUUUUGAAAAAGAGCUGCCGUAUGUUUUUGUAGCAGACGACGCUUUUGCACUAAGCGAACAUUUUAUGAAACCCUAUAGUCAAAGUGGUCUAACCCAGCAUCAACAACAAUAUAACUAUCGUCUGUCACGGGCAAGAAGAGUUGUAGAAAACGCGUUUGGAAUUAUAUCUUCCAGAUUCAGAAUAUUGCUGACUACAAUACAUUUAUCUCCCGAAAAGGCAACGAAAAUUGUUUUAGCAAUUUGCUAUUUACACAACUUCUUAAGCACAAAAAGCUGUGAAUAUUAUCUUCGAAUGAUAAAUGAUGUAGGUGAAAAGUCGGUACCUGCUUUGAUGCAAAUAGAAAAAACCACAAGUCGGAAGAGUACUACCAACGCCAAGAAAAUUCGAAACUCAUUUUGUGAAUACUUUAAUGGUGUCGGAUCAACGUAA